CGGUGACUGCGGUGGCGGCGGGGUGCUGUCUCCUGGGCGGGCAGCACCGGGCCCAGGUGUCCCGCCGGCUCCCUCCGCCCCCCGGGCCCGCCUCUGGCGCGCUCGCCCCCAACCCUGGGCGGCUGCCACGUCGCCCGCCUGCCGGCUGGCGGGUCAGCGCGCCGGGCCCGGUUUCCGCUGCUUCCCCCGGACCACUUAGUCUCAACCCGGGUGUGGUUUCCACUGCUAGAGAAUGAACCAUGACUGAGGACUCUCAGAGAAACUUUCGUUCAGUGUAUUAUGAGAAAGUGGGGUUUCGUGGAGUCGAAGAAAAGAAAUCAUUAGAAAUUCUCCUAAAAGAUGACCGUCUGGAUAUUGAGAAGCUUUGUACUUUUAGUCAGAGGUUCCCUCUCCCAUCCAUGUACCGGGCGUUGGUAUGGAAGGUGCUUCUAGGGAUCCUGCCUCCACACCAUGAGUCCCAUGCCCAGGUGAUGAUGUAUCGCAAGGAGCAGUACUCUGAUGUCCUUCAUGCGCUGAGGGUCGUUCGCUUUGUCAGUGAUGCCACACCCCAGGUAGAAGUCUAUCUCCGCAUGUAUCAGCUGGAGUCAGGAAAGUUGCCUCGAAGUCCCUCCUUUCCACGGGAGCCAGAGGAUGAAGUAUUUCUUGCCAUUGCUAAAGCCAUGGAAGAGAUGGUGGAAGAUAGUGUCGACUGUUACUGGAUCAUCCGAUGCUUUGUGAACCAAUUAAAUAGCAAGUACCGGGAUUCUUUACCCCAGCUGCCAAAGGCUUUUGAACAAUACUUGAAUCUGGAAGAUAGCAGACUGCUGAGUCAUCUGAAGACCUGUUCUGCAGUGUCCAAACUUCCUUAUGAUCUCUGGUUCAAGAGGUGCUUCGCAGGGUGCUUGCCUGAGUCCAGUUUACAGAGGGUUUGGGAUAAAGUUGUAAGUGGAUCCUGUAAGAUCCUAGUUUUUGUAGCCGUGGAAAUUUUAUUAACCUUUAAAAUAAAAGUAAUGGCACUGAACAGUGCCGAGAAGAUAACAAAGUUUCUGGAAAAUAUUCCCCAGGACAGCUCGGAUGCGAUUGUGAGCAAAGCCAUCGACUUAUGGCACAAACACUGUGGGACCCCGGUGCAUUCAGCCUGACUGCUCCUGACGGUUGUGGACAGUCCACUGGGACCACCCUGAGCAUUUCGUUCUUGGAACAUGGUCUACUAAACUGAUGGAAAAUAGGGUUCUUACUUUGGUGCUCAAGGUGUAAUUUUUUUCCAGUAAAAUUAUUUAAUUAAGAUCUCUGGUGUUGCUGUGUUGUAGAGCAGCAUCUUUUGGUUACACAGAAGUACAGAGUUCAGCUCUGAAUAGCAUUUUAAAAGGGUUUUUAGAAAACAGCUCCCAGUUUUUGAAGCCGUUCCGUCGGGGUGGGUGGGGGCUUGAAUAAGCUGUGCUUGACCGGGCCUGCCCUGCUCUCGUUAAUUAGCACCAAGCGACUUACUUUCUGAGGUCUAUUUCUGAAAUAAAGAGCAACUUCCUUUUGUUGACAACUCAGAUUCGGCUUUUGUUGCUGCAGUCCUUGUUUAAAUCUAAGCUGACUGCUUUCUCAGGCUUUGUCUUCCUAAAUAGGUUUAAAUAAAGGCCUUAUGUAUUUUUUUCUCUU